AUGGAAGUACAAAGGUCUAAUAACAAUAAUGGGAAUAAUUUUGGGAAUAGGCCUCAACACCCUCUCGGGUUCCAACCACAAAGGAAUUCGGAUGAGGGGAGUAAGCUUGACAAGGCGCUUGAGAGGUUAGAAUGGAUGGAACUGGAAUCAAGGCAAAAAGACAAGAAUCAUGCCUCCACCAUUGAUCACUUGGAGACUCAAAUCUCCCAACUAGCCACCACUCUUCAAGGAAGAGCUCAAGGCGGUUUACCUUCAACCAUGGAAACUAACCCAAGGGAACAACUCAAAGCGGUUGAGCUUCGGAGUGGGAAGACAAUUGAAAAGUCUAAUGACAAGAGGCCAAGAAUUGAAGAAGAUGAGCCUAUUGUUGUUGAAGACAUUGCAAGCUCUAGCAAAGAAUUUCCAAGGGUUAAUGAGGAGGUAGUGAUUGAGGAGCCAUAUGUGAGACCACCUCCACCUCCCCCAUUUGUACCAAAGUUCCACAAGUUCCUGGAGAUAUUCAAAAAGCUCCAAAUCAAUCUUAGCCUUGCGGAUGCUUUGAGGAAAAUGCCUCAAUAUGCCAAGUUCCUCAAGGAUAUUAUCAUGAACAAGAGGAUUUGGGAGAAAGAUGGCAUAAUCUCCCUAACGGAAAGUUGGAGCUUUACUAUUUCUUGUACUAUUGGCAAUAUGAACUCUAUUAAUUGUUUAUGUGAUUUGAGUGCUAGCAUAAAUUUGAUGCCUUUGUUUCUUUUUAGGACUUUUGGUGAUCAACCGGUGAAGCGCACCUUGAUGGUAUUGCCACUUGCGGAUCAUUCUCUCAAGAAGCAGUAUGGGUUAGUAGAAGACGUGCUUGUUAAAGUGGAUAAAUUCAUCUUUCCGGUGGAUUUUGUGUUCUUACACUAUGCGGUGGAUAAGGAGUGUCCUAUGAUCCUUGGUCGCCCAUUAAGCGCAAAAAGAGCAACCACUGAGGAAAGGAAAGCGAGCGGCACAAUCAAGCGCUCAAGGGGAGGAAGAAGCAUCGGAAAGAGGAUUUGCGGAAGAAGAAAAUGUGGGAGCUGA